UUGAUGGACUCGCAAUUGCCAUUUUAAUUUCUCCAACGUCGGUCAUAACCACCCUCCUUUGAAGUAACGACCCCAAACUUCGUUUCCAUCGCCGCUCUCGGCGGCAAUCCGGACCUCCCGAGGCUCUCCCCCCCUCGCAUUUAUUAUAGCUCUGCAAAUUGCUCUUGUCCCCGACCAUCGUCUCAUUCCCGGCUUCGCUGCUCCCUUCAUCUCCUCCUCCUUCUCCUUCGCAUUCGGUUCGGGCGCCGCGAGCUCUCGCCGGAUCUCCGAUGGCCGCCGCCGCCGCAUCGAGCGUCGCCGCCGCCGCCGCCCUCGCCUCAGGCCGCGUCGCCUGCCGGCCCGGGAGUUCUGACGGUCGGAGGCUCGGGUUUGUGAAGCCGGUUCUCGGCGGAGCCCGAUGGAGCCAGCUCCGGAACCUGCCGUCUCUUCGGUGCCGAAGCGGAAGCUCGAUUGCCGGUGUAAGAGCUCAGGUUGCCACUGUUGAAAAAGUGAGCACAGAAGGUGCUCAAAGCGUGGAAUCGCCUGUCGUGAUUGUUACUGGAGCCUCCAGGGGUAUUGGUAAAGCCGUUGCGUUAUUACUGGGUAAAGCAGGUUGCAAGGUCCUAGUAAAUUAUGCCAGAUCAUCAAAGGAAGCCGAUGAAGUGGUCAAAGAGAUAGAGGCAUGUGGUGGUCAAGCUCUUACUUUUGGUGGGGAUGUUUCAAAAGAGGCUGAUGUCGAAGCUAUGAUUAAGACUGCAGUGGAUGCAUGGGGAACUGUGGAUGUAUUGAUAAACAAUGCGGGGAUCACUCGUGAUGGGUUAUUGAUGAGAAUGAAGAAAGCCCAAUGGCAGGAGGUCAUUGAUUUGAAUCUGACUGGUGUUUUCCUCUGCACUCAGGCAGUAGCUAAAAUUAUGAUGAAGAAGAGAAAGGGAAGAAUAGUAAACAUUGCAUCAGUUGUUGGCCUUGUGGGUAAUGCCGGGCAGGCCAACUACAGUGCUGCAAAAGCGGGGGUUAUUGGCCUAACAAAGACUGUAGCAAAAGAAUAUGCAAGCCGAAAUGUCAAUGUUAAUGCUAUUGCUCCAGGGUUCAUUGCAUCUGAUAUGACUGCCAAACUUGGGGAAGAAGUUGAAAAGAAAAUCUUGGAGACAAUUCCAUUAGGAAGGUAUGGAAAACCAGAAGAAGUUGCUGGACUAGUGGAAUUUCUGGCCAUCAACCCUGCAGCCAGCUACAUUACGGGACAGGUCUUCACGAUAGAUGGUGGAAUGGUCAUGUAGAGUAUUGUACCUGCUUUGUUGAAACCUGAAUAGAACUUCCAAUUGCAGAGCUUAGCCUACGCCGCAGGGUGGUAUGACAAUAGAGCCCAUGUUGAAAACUUAUUUUGCUUAGGAUGGACAAUAAGAGGUUUUUGAGGCAAGUUUUGAGAUUAUCAGCUGCAAUUGAUCACACAGAAUCAUCCCUCAUGUUUGACAUACUUGUUCAUGAAAUACCAUCGUAUGGUUAUUAUUGGCUCGAUCAGGAAAUUGCGAUUUGCAGUGUUGAUUCACUAGUUCAAGGAUAUAAAUUCAUCUCCAAAUUGGGAUGGAAGUAAAUCCAUCUGCCAAUUUCUUUC